UUGCAAAAUACAAAACCAAAAAACUUCCAGAUUUAUACAUUAUAACCCUACUAAAGAAGUAAAAGAUCUCUCCCGGAUCUAUUUCUCUCUCCGUAUCUCGGUCAUCACCGCCACCACAACUCGCUGCCGUAGCCACCGUAACCUGCUCUCCAAGCUGGGCUCUUCCCUGUGCAAAAUAUGAUAUAGGUAGUGCAGCAACGUAAUGGCUUCUAAAGGACUGAGGCCUAAGCUUGAGCAUGAGACAAAAGCUAGGCGUCAGAAGGCUCUUGAAGCGCAUAAAGAGCCUCAACGUCCUAAAACUCACUGGGAUCAUGUUUUAGAGGAAAUGGUUUGGUUGUCGAAGGACUUUGAGUCAGAGAGGAAAUGGAAAUUGGCUCAGGCAAAGAAGGUUGCCUUAAGAGCCAGCAAGGGCAUGUUGGAUCAGGCUACCAGGGGAGAAAAGAAGUUGAAGGAGGAGGAACAGCGGUUGCGGAAAGUUGCACUUAAUAUUUCGAAGGACGUGAAGAAAUUCUGGAUGAAAAUAGAGAAACUGGUGCUUUACAAGCAUCAGAUGGAGCUUGAUGAGAAAAAGAAAAAGACACUUGAUAAACAACUUGAAUUUAUUUUAGGGCAAACUGAGAGGUACUCAACAAUGUUGGCAGAAAAUUUAGUGGAUCCAUACAAACCUGUGCAACAACAUCCUGCUCAAAAUCAAAUAAACUCGCCUGGUAAAGCAGAUAUGAAUGAGAUUGAUGAACCCUUGGACUUGAAUGCUGAUGCUGAUGAAGAUUUUAGCAUACACUCUGAUCAAGAAUCAGAAGAUGAUGAGCAAACUCUGGAGGAUGAUGAGGCUCUUAUAACUGCUGAAGAAAGACAAGAAGAAUUGGCAGCUUUGCACAGUGAAAUAGAUCUUCCACUUGAGGAGCUCCUUAAGCGAUAUGCUGGGGAAACAGCUGAUGGAGAAUGUAGUCCGGAUACGAGGGAGGACAGACAUGAGUGUACAUCAGGGCAAGAUGAUAGUAGUAAAGGCAAUGGUAGCCUUAUUUCUCCUUCCACUCCUUCCAGUAAAGUUGAGACAACCAACUUGCUUGUUCGUCGUUCUAAUGAAAGCAAUGGUGGCUUGUCCAAGUCAGAAAACUACUCAUCAGAUAUUGAGGCAUCCUCCCCCAGAAAUCUGUCAGAAAGCUCUGGGGAGCUACCGAAAGAUGUUUCAUAUGAUUUCAGUGACGAGCAGGAGGAUGGUGAUUUUACCCUUACUGGAGAAGAGACGGUACAUCAUAUGGAUGAUGAGACAACACUGUUGGAGGAGGAGGAACUAGCAAAAGCAGAUUCUAGCAAUCCCAUAGAUGAGAUUGCGUUACUGCAAAAGGAGAGUGAAAUUCCUGUGGAAGAAUUGCUUCGAAGGUAUAAAAAGGACUUCAGUGCUGAUGGUGCGUCUGGAGAUGAAUCGGACUAUGCCUCAGCUUUUUCAGAGGACAUCUUGGAUUCUUCAGCAAUGCAUCAAAAUGUUGAAGCAAAGGAGGGUGUUUCUAAGGAUGAAAAUCUUGAAUCCAGUGCUCCCCAGGGUGUUGAACAUCCUCCCGCAGAAAAGGAGGCAGCAAGCCCUGAUAGAAAGUCAGAAGAUGGAAUGGAAAGUGAGAACAGAAUUGCUGAUGCUGCUGCUGCUGCGAGAUCAGCACAACCAACUGGCAAUACAUUCUUAACUACUAAUGUUCGUACAAAGUUCCCUUUUCUUCUCAAACACCCCCUCCGCGAAUAUCAGCAUAUUGGCUUGGACUGGCUUGUUACUAUGUAUGAGAAAAGGUUAAAUGGAAUACUAGCUGAUGAAAUGGGGCUUGGAAAGACAAUCAUGACAAUUGCUCUUCUUGCACAUCUAGCUUGUGAAAAGGGAAUAUGGGGUCCUCAUCUCAUUGUGGUUCCUACAAGUGUCAUGCUCAACUGGGAAACUGAGUUUCUUAGAUGGUGUCCUGCCUUCAAAAUCCUGACAUACUUUGGAAGUGCCAAAGAGCGCAAAUUGAAGAGGCAAGGCUGGUUGAAACCAAACUCAUUUCAUGUAUGCAUAACUACUUACAGACUGGUUAUACAGGAUUCCAAGGUCUUCAAACGAAAGAAAUGGAAAUACUUGAUCUUGGAUGAAGCUCAUCUUAUUAAAAAUUGGAAAUCCCAAAGAUGGCAAACUCUUUUGAACUUCAAUUCAAAACGGCGUAUCUUGUUGACCGGUACACCACUUCAGAAUGAUCUCAUGGAACUGUGGUCACUAAUGCAUUUUCUAAUGCCCCACAUUUUUCAGUCUCAUCAAGAAUUCAAGGAUUGGUUUUGUAAUCCUAUAUCAGGCAUGAUAGAAGGACAAGAAAGAGUUAACAAAGAGGUUGUUGAUCGUUUGCAUAAUGUCCUCCGUCCUUUUAUACUGCGCCGAUUAAAAAGGGAUGUCGAAAAGCAGCUUCCAAUGAAACAUGAGCAUGUCAUAUAUUGUAGGCUCUCAAGACGGCAGCGUAACUUGUAUGAAGACUUCAUUGCCAGUUCUGAGACACAAGCCACUCUUGCUAGUGCCAAUUUUUUUGGGAUGAUCAGUGUUAUCAUGCAACUGCGAAAAGUCUGUAAUCAUCCCGACUUAUUUGAGGGACGACCAAUUGUGAGUUCUUUUGAUAUGGGUGGUAUUAAUAUCCAGUUGAGUAGUUCUGUAUGUUCAAUUAUUUCACCUGGUCCAUUUUCAACUGUAGAUCUUAAGGGUUUGGGAAUUUUAUUUACUGAUAUCGAUUUUAGCAUGACAUCUUGGGAGAGUGAUGAAGUAGAAGCUCUGGUUACUCCAAAAAGUUUAAUAGAAGAACGUGUUGACCAGGAUAAUCUUGAGGAAAUUAGGCCCUUGUCUAGACAUAAGGGGAACUUGCACGAGACAAAUAUAUUUGAAGAGAUUAGAAAGGCUUUAAGAGAAGAGAGGCUAAGAGAAGCAAAAGAACGAGCAGCAGCAAUUGCUUGGUGGAAUUCUUUGAGAUGCCGGAAAAAACCAGUUUACUCGACAACAUUACUUGAACUGGUAUCUGUGAAGCACCCUGCAUUUGAUAUUCACCGUAAAAAAGCUGACAACCGAUCCUACUUGUACUCCUCUAAGCUUGCUGAGAUUGUUCUUUCUCCAGUUGAACGCUUCCAGACAAUGAUUCAUCUGGUUGAGUCCUUCAUGUUUGCAAUCCCAGCAGCACGGGCCCCAGCUCCUGUUUGUUGGUGCAGCAAAACGGGAACUUCUGUGUUCCUGCAUCCAACAUUUGUAGAAAAAUGUGCUGCAAACUUGUUUGCCCUUCUAACACCUAUUAGGCCUGCAAUUGUCCGUAGGCAGGUAUAUUUUCCGGACAAGCGAUUGAUACAGUUCGACUGUGGUAAGCUACAGGAGCUUGAGAUUUUGCUACGGAGAUUGAAGUCUGAAGGUCAUCGGGCAUUAAUAUUUACCCAAAUGACCAAGAUGCUUGACAUAUUGGAGGCUUUCAUAAAUAUAUAUGGAUAUACUUACAUGCGGCUGGAUGGGUCCACUCAACCUGAGGAGAGGCAAACAUUAAUGCAACGAUUUAACACUAAUCCUAAAAUUUUUCUUUUCAUCUUAUCAACCCGUAGUGGAGGAGUUGGUAUUAACCUUGUUGGGGCUGAUACAGUUAUAUUUUAUGAUAGUGAUUGGAAUCCUGCCAUGGAUCAGCAAGCUCAAGAUCGCUGCCAUCGAAUAGGACAGACACGCGAAGUGCAUAUCUAUCGUCUAAUCAGUGAGAGCACCAUUGAAGAAAACAUUUUGAAGAAAGCAAAUCAGAAGCGUGCCCUUGAUGACCUAGUUAUACAGAGUGGAGGGUACAAUACUGAAUUUUUUAAGAAGCUUGAUCCCAUGGAAUUGUUUUCGGGUCAUAGGACUCUUUCUGUUAAGAGUCAGAAAGAGAAAAAUCUCAACAGUGGCAUCAAGGACUCUGUAUCUAAUGCUGAUGUAGAAGCUGCUUUGAAGUAUGCUGAAGAUGAAGCAGAUUACAUGGCAUUGAAGAAAGUUGAACAGGAAGAGGCUGUUGACAAUCAGGAGUUUACAGAGGAAGCCAUGAGCAAGGUGGAAGAUGAUGAGUUUGCAAAUGAGGAUGACAUGAAGGCUGAUGAGUCAACUGAUCAGGCUGGAUGUAUGAUCACUUCAAAUAAAGAUGAUGGGCUAAUAUUGAAUGGCAGUGGUUCUAUUGAAGACAAAGCUCUUAUUCUUGCUAGCAAAGAAGAUGAUGUUGAUAUGCUGGCCGACGUGAAGAAGAUGGCUGCUGCUGCAGCAGCAGAAGGACAAGCUAUCCCAUCGCUUGAGAAUCAGUUGAGACCAAUUGAUCGAUAUGCAAUCCGUUUUCUGGAAGUAUGGGAUCCCAUUAUAGACAAAGGAGAAACGGAGCCUGAAAUUGGGUUUGAAGAGGCAGAAUGGGAACUUGAUCGAAUUGAGAAGUACAAGGAGGAAAUGGAAGCUGAGAUUGAUGAUGAUGAGGAACCUCUAGUGUAUGAGAAAUGGGAUGCUGAUUUUGCUACAGAAGCUUAUCGGCAGCAAGUUGCUUUGGCUCAACAUCAGUUAAUGGAAGAACUAGAACAUGAAGCCAAGGAGAAGGAAGAGGCAGACGAAGCAAAUUUUGACGCAAUGAAUGAAAUGACUAGUGAACCUAAGGCAAAAUCUAAGAAGAAGAAGAAGCCGAAGAAAGCAAAGUUUAAAUCUCUGAAGAAGGGAUCUUUAAAUUCUGAAGUGAAACCUGCAAAACAGGGCACAAAAGCAGAACCUAUGUCCAUAGAUGACGAUGUCGACUCGCCAGAAGAGCUCUCUUAUUCUGAUAUUACGCCACCCUCUUCAAAUAUGCAGAAAAAGCGUAAGAAGGUUGAGAUAGUGCAUGAUAGUGAAGAAGCGAAGAGCUCAAAGAAGCCCAAAAAACUUAAGAAGCCUUCUGAGCUACAUCCUGGUGAAUGUGUGGAGGUAAAACCAUGCGAGAGCCUUUCUGUUGAGCUUGAGCCGAAACCUGCUAGUAGGAGCAAAACGGGAGGCAAAUUUUCCAUUACAUCCAUGCCCAUGAAACGAGUCUUAAUGAUAAAACCUGAGAAAUUAAAGAAGGGCAAUAUCUGGUCUAAGGACUGUGUUCCAUCACCUGAUUCUUGGUUGGCACAGGAGGAUGCUAUUUUAUGUGCAGUUGUGCAUGAAUAUGGCCCAAGUUGGAGUUUGGUUAGUGACACACUCUACAGCAUGGCUGCUGGUGGCUUUUACAGGGGUAGAUACCGCCAUCCAGUUCAUUGUUGUGAGAGGUUCAGGGAACUAAUUCAAAGACAUGUUUUUGCUGCACCGGACAGUUUGGGUAAUGAAAAGAUCAGCUAUGCAGGCUCUGGGAAGGCUCUUCUUAAAGUAACAGAGGAUAACAUUCGAAUGCUGUUAACCUUUGCUGCUACACAGCCAGAUCAUGAGUUACUUCUUCAGAAGCACUUCACUUUCUUACUUUCAUCUGUGUGGAGGGUGACGCAUCGUCCUGAACAUCAACAAAAUGUCUCAUCUGCUCGGAAUGGUGUUCGUUUAGGGGGAAGGUUUCUCAGUCCUUUUCUUGGCCACACACCUCAGCGUUCUGCACAGGAAGCAGCACAAAGGAUGAAAUUCACAAACUUGCGGGAGUGUAGCAAGUUGUUAUCAGCUGCAUUGCAUGAUGCGAGCAAUAGACAAUGGAGUGAAGCAGGUUUCCUCUCUGACAGAGAAGAUUCUCAGGUGAUUGAAGAAAGUUUAGAGUUAACACUAGAAAUCCAGAGGGAGAAUGAUGACUCUAUGAUUCCAUUCCCACGGGUAAUGAAUUUAUCAGUAUAUGGCCCCAAUCCUGCUACAUCUAUAAACAAGACUGCUGGAGAAGACCAUCUCAAAGCUUCUAGUGUUUUGGCCGAGAACCGUUUCAGGGCCGCAACUAUGGCUGGUGUCGAAGGUGGUCAGCAUUGGGCUUCAGCUGCCUUCCCAGCUAAUGAUUCCAAAACACGGUCAGGGUCGAAAUUGCAGUCGUUGGGGAAGCACAAACUGCCUGCAUCAGACACAGCCAGACCUAAAUCAAAACUGAAGAAGGCCUCAACGGAGCAUAGCGAUGUACCUAACUUACAUGCUGUGCAAGUAUUUCAACCAGUAUCAACAAUUGCAUCAAAAGACCCCAACUUAAGAUGUGACCCAACAUUGGUCACUAAUGAUGGCAGUUGGACCAAUGGUGUUGGCAGCAAUUUCUGUUCGAGCAUGGACGAAGCCUUUCCAUCGGAAGUAGAGAGCCUUGAUAUAGUCCCGCACAAUUAUACCCCUGGCUUUAUUUCAGGACUCGACGAUUGUUCAAUGCUCCCAGACUAUACUGACAUUGGAUAAAACUGCUUGAGAUUCUUGGUUGAAGCUAUUAUUAUGAUGGAUGGAGAAAAAAGAUGAUUGUUUGAGCAAAAAACCCAGAUCCUCCCACCAUUUUUGCUGUGAUGUCUGCUCGGGGUUACACAUUUUGAAUUUGACACACCAGUUUUGGGUGCAAUUGGAGGAGCAAGAGGCUAGGCUAGGAUAGGGUAGGCAUAUUUAAUAUAAUAUAUAUAGCAUUUAAUUUAAUUUUGUAAUUAAUCUCGAGAGGGAAAUUUGUGCUAAUUUAUGUCUUUAUCUAGGCUUUUGGUUGAUGAUGACAUGUAAUUUCAGAUUUUGGAACAUUUCCUCUCCUAGUCAAAACUGGUGGUAAAAAGAAGAAGCUAAAAAUAGGUUCUUGCAAAUCUCUCAUAUGCGGUUGCCACUCUUUUCUAGCUUUUGAUGCUUUUCAAUUAAAUAGCUUUUAAAACUUUUUUAGAA